CUUCUCCAAAAACCUCUCACUCUAUCUUUCUCUCUUCUUCUUCUUCAAGAUAUAUAUGUGGGUUGUUGGUCAUAGUUUAUCAUGAGCAAUAUUCCCAAAUCCCUCACCGACUCUGCCCUAACCAUCUUCAAGCUCGCAAUCUCUGCCUCCGAUCCUUGGCCUUUUUCUGUUUUCUUAUAACAGAGACAACCCAGUUGCUUUAGUUUUAGUUUUCUUGUUGUUUUGUUGUUUUCGGUUUCAAAAAGAUUGUCAAGACGAGGGUGGUUUCGUACCUUCUUGAAAAAAUGGGGUUCAUCGGCGGCGGCGGUGACAAGGUGCACCACCACCACCACCACAGCCACCAGAAUCAUCUGAGUUUUCACUUUCUGAAGAAGGAAGCGAUGGACAUCCCAAAAGGGUGUAUGGCGGUGAUAGUGGGCCAGGGCGAGGAGCAGCAGAGGUUUGUGAUUCCGGUGGUUCACAUCAACCACCCGCUCUUCAUUCAGCUGCUGGAGGAAGCCGAGAAGGAGUACGGUUUCGACCACGACGGUCCGAUCACUAUCCCGUGCCACGUGGAGGAGUUCCUCGCCGUUGAGGGCUUGAUUGAUAAGGAGAAGUCGGCGGUCAACGAUGAGCAGCACCACCACCAUCAUCAUCACCAUGUGUGGUGUUUUAGGGCUUGAUAUGUGAUGUCAUAUAUAGUUUGAUUUGUAAAUACUAUGUCCUGCGGUUUCUUUUUAUCUAAUUCUUCAGGACGAUAAUUGGUUUUUAAUUUUGAUGAUGAUGAAAAAAAUGAUCAUUGCAAUAGGGUUUUAAUUUUGGUUAUAUUGUUUGAACUUUAUUCAUCAAUAAAGAAAGCUCACAAUUUGGUGGCUUCAAUUUUCCUCUUUA